AUGACUGAGUCAAACUUAUCAAAGAGCGACCUCUUAGAGAUAUGCAGUAGUUUAGGUUUAUCAACUGAAGGAAAUAAAAUGGACCUAAUCCAAAAACUGAAAGAGUAUUCGGGAGUUACAACUCGUGGGAAAGGGAAAGAAAAAGAGACACUAACAAGUACAAGUAAUUUGGGGCAAGAAAUCGCUGAUAAUGUCUCAAUAAUUUCCGACCAUACAGAAACCUCAGCUGUAUUGGAUGUAAACCCUGAAGGGCGUGCACAGACUCUAAGAGACCUAUUACAAAACGAAAAACGCACCACAUGGGGAAUACCCUUGGACAACUUACCAAGGAAUGUGGAGGAGUUACCUGAUUGUCAGCCACAAGUGGAUAGAGAAAUGAAAAAGUGGAAACAAUCGUGUGGCAAGAAAAACAAUGGAGUCUGGAGAAAAAAGACCUUGGCAAAAAGAAUUAAUGCGCGAAGUAUGGAAGUUUUGCAAUGCCAACAAUAUACAAGUCCACGAGUUUUUGUGGGUCCCUUCAAAGUUGAACCCCGCGGACAAGUUGACAAGAACAUUCGAUGA